AUGGAGUUAUCAGGAUUGAAAAAGAAGAGUUUGCUAGGACUCAAAGAAAAUAAUAAAAAAUCCAACACUAGGGCUCCCUCACCAACCAAGCGCAAGGACAGGUCUGAAGAGAAGUCAAAGGACCGGUCCAAGGAUAAAGCAGCCACUAAGGACUCGGGUGAAAAGGAUCGUGGCCGAGACAAGACACGCAAAAGACGCAGUGCUUCCAGCGGCAGCAGCAGUACCAGAUCCCGUUCCAGCUCAACUUCCAGUUCAGGGUCCAGUUCCAGCACUGGUUCUAGCAGUGGCUCUAGCUCAUCUUCUGCCUCGGGCCGCUCUGGGAGCUCCAGCACUUCACGCAGUUCCAGUUCCAGCAGCUCCUCUGGAUCUCCCAGUCCCUCUCGACGGAGGCAUGACAACAGGAGACGCUCCCGCUCCAAGUCCAAGCCACCCAAGAGAGAUGAAAAGGAGCGGAAGAGGCGGAGCCCGUCACCCAGACCUACAAAAGUGCAUGUUGGAAGGCUCACCAGAAACGUGACCAAGGAUCACAUCAUGGAAAUUUUUUCCACUUAUGGAAAGAUUAAAAUGAUUGACAUGCCAGUUGACAGGCUAAAUCCACACCUCUCUAAAGGUUAUGCUUAUGUGGAGUUUGAGAACCCAGAUGAUGCUGAGAAAGCCCUGAAACACAUGGAUGGAGGCCAGAUUGAUGGUCAGGAGAUCACUGCCACAGCUGUGCUGGCACCACGACCUAGGCCGCCUCCCAGACGCUUUAGCCCACCCAGGAGGAUGCUGCCGCCACCACCGAUGUGGCGCAGGUCACCCCCUCGCAUGAGGAGAAGGUCGCGGUCUCCUAGGCGCAGAUCCCCUGUUCGCCGGCGAUCAAGAUCCAGAUCUCCUGGACGAAGGCGCCAUCGCAGCCGCUCCAGCUCAAACUCCUCACGAUAAAGCAAAAAGACUGGACAGCUUUUUAUUUUUUAACUUAAAUCCCGUCAGACUAAAUAUUGUACCUUUUUUUUAUAAUGGGUCUGGGUGAGGAGGAGUGGGAGAGAGUAUCCUGGCAGUGAAGGCAACCUAAGAGGAGAGAGCAACAGUUCCCGGCCAAUAGAUAGCCUUUGCUGAGGGGCUUCUAGUUUCCUGGCAUUGAAUUGAAAUUAUUUAAAAAUGGCAUUGAUUUUAAAGGCUGCAUAAAACAUCUUUUCCAGAUAAACGGAAGGAAAGGUGUUACAGCCUCUCUUUUUCUCCAGUUAGCAGGCUGCUGCUUGGUGAUUUCUAAAUGCUUAGCACGCUGUACAGACGAGCAUGUAAAUCUUGAACUAUUUCAGAAACCCUGUAUACUAAGGCAGGGAGGCAUUUAACUUGAUCUCUAGGUGCCAGCACAGGAUUUUUCAGAGCAGCUGG